CCCCAAUUCUAUAAACCCAAUCGCAACCCUGAACCAAAUAUCAGUUUUUCAACCCUGAACAUGACACAACCGGCCACCCGCAAGCCUCCAAACCCAAUACUCUACCUGCUGGGCUUCGAUUGCUAUCCUGAUGACAGAGAGUACUUUGAAGCGCGGCAUGCAACUGGAAGUGCGACACCCUACUGGUUCAAAGAGAAACUCGUAUAUGAAGAUAUUGCCACAAGACCGCCUACGCAGACGGUAGUAUCAGGGGCGCUGAAGAGUAGUAUGGAUGGUACACGGGAGUAUGGCAAUGACAGCAAGACAGUGAAGGUGGAAGUGCGGGAAACGAUAGGAGAUGACGAGGCAAGAGAAGAGACUAAGAUGCCGAAUACAAAAAAGACAAAGGAGAAGAAGCAUCCCGCCAAACAACCGUCUAAAUCACCCCCUAGGAAGACAAUAACGAUACCGCUACCAAAACGCCACGUCGUAUUCACCUGGGCUCCAAAGCAACAGCAAAGACCUCAUGCAUCACUCUCGCGUCGAGCCCAUAACCCCCUCCAACGCCAACGAAGCAGAAAACCUAAGCACGCCGUCAGUCACCAGGAACACACAGAUACGCGUCCACUCCUCUCCACCACACCCCAGCCAUUCCUCCACUUUAGCUACGAUACAAGACUUGACACCUAUCCAGUACCUCUGCUCCAGCCCCCAGCCCGUCUUGAACACCAGGGAAACAGGAGUAGCACUGUAUGACCCUGUUUGCUCGCAUUCUUAGAGGAGAUAGCUAAUAUGUGAUCUAG